AUGGGUGAACCGGGUACGACCUCAGAAUCGGCGUCUCUAGAUCUGCAGACCCCCUUGCCCAAUGGAAACACUGUAGUUGAAGAGGGCGAAAAGAGCGAAGAACAGGAAUCCCCGCAGGCCGAGACCUCCGAAUUGGCUAGUCCAGAGAGCCAAGUCAAUGUCCCCGCCGUUCAAAUCCCCACAAAUCCAGAAGAUCUGGCACGACUCAAACGGAGGUCUGUCUGAAUUACGAUGAGUUUGAAUCUAUUAAAAUUACAUGUAAUCUCCAUUUAUGUAAUCCAUGUUUUAGUUAUGUAAUCAAAGAGUUAGUGGAGACAGAACAAGAUUAUGUGAAGGACCUGACUUCCGUUGUCGAAGGUUACAUUGCGAAUCUCGAAUCGAUGGAAUUGCCUGAAGAUCUGCGAGGAAAAGACAAGAUUAUCUUCGCGAAUAUUGGACAGAUUCUCGACUUCCACAAAACGUAACUGAUUAUGCAAAUUCUGAGUUUUGUUUAGAGUUUUCCUCCGUGAUAUCGAGAAAAGUGCGAAUGAUUACGAGGCUGCGGGUCAGGCUUUUAUCAAACAUGUAAGUGUGGUCAUCAUAUUACAUCAUUACGUUUAUUAUUCUUUAAUCAAAUAAGAUUGUUUUUAGGAACGUCGACUUCAUACUUAUUAUGUCAAAUAUUGCCAGAACAAACCAAAAUCAGAUUUCUUGGUCUCUCAGGAAUCUUUUGAACAAGUAAGUGAAAGAAAUUCAUCACUUUUGUCGUCAUCCACCUGUGAUUACAUUCAUUUUUUCAGUUCUUCGCUGAAACAAAGCAAAGAUUAGGCCAUCGCGUUGCGUUGUGUGAUCUGUUAAUCAAGCCCGUCCAGCGGAUCAUGAAGUACCAGUUAAUGUUAAAAGACAUCUUAAAAUAUACUGAGAAGAGUGGAGAACGUGCAGAUGUCCUUAAAAGAGCCCUUGAUGUGAUGCAUGUUGUCCCCAAAGCCUGUGACGACAUGAUGCAAGUGGGACGAUUACAAAACUUUGAGGGAAGUCUAAGCGCUCAAGGACGACUCAUCUUCCAAGUAAGUCCAUUCUUCGUAUCCUCACAAAUUCAGGGGAAACUCUCGAUCUCAGAUGGUGGUGCCACUCAGCCCUUCAAAGGAAAACCUCGACGAGUAUUUCUAUUUGAACAAUCAGCCAUCAUCGCUGAUGAGAUACAACCCAAAAAGGAAUUCGGGAAUCCAACUUAUAUUUUCAAGAAUCAGAUCAUGGUGAGCAUACACAACCAGGUUGAUUUCAUAUCCAUUAAUUGUAGGUAAAUAAGAUGGUAUUACAAGAAAACAUUCCGGAUGAGCCCCUGCGGUUCGGGCUUUCCAGCAACGACCCAGUGCAACAAGUGAAGUUUGUGGCCGAAGCCGAGAAUGCGGAAGAUCGGGAGAAUUGGCUUCAGAAGAUCUCAGCCCAAUUGGAUCAACAGAAAACAUUCUUGGCGGCACUGGUCGACCCAAAGAAAUAUCAAAAUCAAUUGGCCAGUAAUAUGGCCAACACAUCCAUGUGAGUGCCUAUCCAUACAACAUAAGAGUACUUUUAUAUCCCCCUUUAGAUCCGACAACAAAAAAUCGAACAACUCUCAUCCGGCAGUCGCGAGUACAAGUUCAAACUCCAAUUCCCAUUCGAAUUCUCCACUCCGUCCGGGCAGCGGGACCGCCUCAAAGUCGAGUAAACUGUUCAGCUUCGGUGAGUCGCUGAAAUGCGCUCGAUGUGUAAUUAGUUGACCGUUGAUCUUGUACAGCCAUCUCAUUCACCCAUUACCUCAUUUUAGUGUCCGUUUUGUCCGGAAAGUCCAAGUGA